AUGCAUGCGGCUCGGUUCGGACGGUCCCCCCUCACUCUCCACAGCAUUAGAGCAGAGCGCACAAGGGCGCGGGCAGCAGCAGGGCGCACGAGGGCGCGGGCAGCAGCAGAGCGCACGAGGGCGCAGGCAAACCAGAGCGCACAAGGGCGCGGGCAGCAGCAGGGCGCACGAGGGCGCGGGCAGCAGCAGAGCGCACGAGGGCGCAGGCAAACCAGAGCGCACAAGGGCGCGGGCAGCAGCAGGGCGCACGAGGGCGCGGACAGCAGCAGAGCGGCAACGGGCAGCACAGGCACGGGCAGCAACGGGCGGCAACGGGCAGCACAGGCACGGGCAGCAACAGGCGGCAGCGGGCAGCACAGGCACGGGCAGCAACAGGCGGCAACAGGCAGCACAGGCACGGGCAACAACGGGCGACAACGGGCAGCACAGGCACGGGCAGCAACGGGCGGCAACAGGCAGCACAGGCACGGGCAGCAACGGGCGGCAACGGGCAGCGCACGCACGGGCAGCAACGGGCGGCAACGGGCAGCGCAGACACGGGCAGCAACAGGCGGCAACGGGCAGCACAGGCACGGGCAGCAACGGGCGGCAACGGGCAGCACAGGCACGGGCAGCAACGGGCGGCAACAGGCAGCACAUGCACGGGCAGCACAGGCACGGGCAGCAACGGGCGGCAACGGGCAGCACAGGCACGGGCAGCAACGGGCGGCAACGGGCAGCACAGGCACGGGCAGCAACGGGCGGCAACAGGCAGCACAUGCAUGGGCAGCAACAGGCAGCAACAGGCAGCACAGGCACGGGCAGCAACGGGCGGCAACAGGCAGCACAGGCACGGGCAGCAACAGGCAGCAACAGGCAGCACAGGCACAGGCAGCAACGGGCGGCAACAGGCAGCACAGGCACAGGCAACAACACGCAGCAACGGGCAGCACAGGCACAGGCAGCAACAGGCAGCAACGGGCAGCACAGGCACAGGCAGCAACAGGCAGCAACAGGCAGCACAGGCACGGGCAGCAACAGGCAGCAACAGGCAGAGGCGCACGGCGAGAAAAAUACGCCGCGCGCCCGAGGCGCGCGGCAGGACGAUAG